AUGUGGAAUUUUAAUACAUCAGAAUGGGAUAAUAUUUAUAUUCGUAUUGUCGUUUUAUUUUUUCUUUUAUUAUCAUGGUUGUGGGGUGCACUUACAUUUGGAAAUAUUGCUCAUUUCAUUACAGUAUGUGCUGUUGGUCAAUGGUGGUUUCCUGGUAAAUAUAGCCAACAGUAUUCAGUCAGAAAUAGCAUUAAACGAGCAUUUACAACAAGUUUCGGUGCACUUUGUUACGGUUCACUCUUUAAAGCUUUAAUAAAGCCUACGCGUUCGUCAACUGCUGAAGAUAAUCGUCGACAAAAUAUUUUCUCAUGCGUUUUGCGUUAUAUUUUUCGACCGAUCAAAAGAGCAAUAAGUUAUUUUAAUGAAUGGACAUUUAUUUAUUCAACACUUACCGGUCAAGGAUAUCCACAAGCUAGUCGAAGUUUUACAGAACUAUUUCAAAAACGUGGAUGGACAGUAACUAUUAAUGAUAAUCUCAUCGAAACAAGUUUUCUAAUUAGUAAUAUUGGAAUAGGUAUUGCUUCAGCUUUAAUCAGUGGUAUUCUUAUGCAUAUUCUAAUAGAUCGAUUACUAAAAGCAUUUGAAACAUUUGUACUUUUCUAUUUUAUUAGUUUUCUAAUCGGUUUAUUAAUAGGUGUAAUUAUUACAAGAAUUCUUCUAUCUUCUGUUCGUACAGUAUUCAUCUGCUUUGCUCUCAAUCCGGAAGCAUUAGCUGUAACUCAUCCUGAUUAUUUACAAAAGUUGAGCAAAGCUUGGCAUAAAUUUUAUCCGAAGGAAUUUGCUAAUAGUGGUUAUGCAAAUAAAUUCGUAGAACCGACGGUGUAA